AUGAGAGAAUGGACAAGUCGUCUGGGUCGGAACCUCUGCACAAAGCUGGGUACUGAUCCCAUGUGGAAAGCCAUAGACCCACUCGGCGACAAAGACAAUCUACUCGACGUCAGACAUGGUAGCCUGAAGUGUUCGGAUAUCCGCAAUGUACUGCCCGUGCUGGUGCAAGAUGCUGAGGGGAUGGCACUAGUUUUUGCUCGGAGCUGGAUCACAAGUUCCAUACACCGUCUUCUUCUCUCCUCUCAGACCCACACAUUUAUUGUCAGCGCAACCACUGCCUGCCUUCUCCGCCGCUUUCCACGUAUCGCAGUAUUCUUUGCAAAACAAACACCGAGUCUUCAAAUCUCUCUUGCUUAUCUUCUCUAUAUUGUCCUUCACCAUUGGUCCGUCACUUACAAGCAUCAGCGCCGGAAACCCAAAGCCCUUACUGCGCUCUCAGUACGGAUAUUUUGCAAUGAUCUCGCAUUAUACGGCUUGCCCAGGACGUCACCGACUGCGGAUAUACCUGGCACAAACGUAGAAGUGCCUAUACAACACUCACUCACUCUCCUGUCUUUUGAGAAAAUUUGCCCUUUUUGGAAUCCCUCAUAG